AUGGCAGGUGGAUCACUUUUUCAAGUAGGUGAAGACGUUGAAUUUUGGCGAGUGCUAGUUCAUUUGAGUGUCCUAGCACUGAGUCUUGUGCUAUUGGAAAAAGCCCUUCAUCGGAUGGAACAUCAGUUUCCACGUUCUGAGAAGUAUCAACACAUGCUGAAGAAAGUAUAUCGUGAACUCAUGAUUCUUGGGUUAAUCAGUCUUGGUCUCAAGAUUGUCAAGGAGACACCUUUUAUUGAUAGUGGAAGCAAGACCGUACUUGCCUUUCAGGUCGCAGACUUGACGAUUUUCUUCCUGGCACUUGCUCUCAUUUUGCAAACCAUUGCCGUCUUUCAGCUACUUCGCAAUCAGAAUGACCGAGUCGAACGUGCUGAGCUUCUAGGAACUCAAGAUCUUAUCGAGAUGGUAAAGGAUGCUGGAACAUGGCGUCCAUCUUGGAUUCAAGCACUAUUUUCUUGUACUCAAGCAGCAAAGAAAACAACCAACGGCAAGAAACUUGUCAAACUACGUCUACUUCGACGUUUAUUUCUUCGUCGCUUUGGAUUUCCGCAGCUCUUUCCAUUCUCGAAUUAUUUGAAUCGAGCUCAAGCCAGCCAGAUAUCGCACAUGAUUGAGGUGGAGCCAUUCAUGUGGGUAAUAUUACUUGUCGUCGCGUGGGUAAUCUGCGGCAUAUUCGAUCUUCUUGAAGCUGUAGACACUGAAAUGCCCGCGCGUCAGGAGCUAGUGGAAGCAUUUAUGCUCGUCGCGUGGAUACUUUUGCUGCUUCAUGUGAUGGUCUUUUUCUAUCUUCGCUCUUGCGUUAGCUACCUCCUUCAAGUUGCGGCAUUCAGUGACGACAAGAUGAUUCUCAUUCAAAACUUGAACGCAGUUGCAAGAGAGGAAGCGGAAGCCUGGAAGAAUGAAGAAGCAGACAAAGCAUUGGAGAUCAUGAGCUGCAUUCAAGAACAGCACGAGGAGAUCGAAUUUCAACGUGUUAAACGUCAGCGUAAACUUCACCGAGAGGCAUGCAGCAUUCAAGCAUUUUUACGUCAAGUGACGGGUCUUACCAUCCUCGAUUCGAUAACCAAGAAGAGUGAGAGUUAUAAUGGUGUUGUGCCAGGUUCACCAUCUAUUGACGUUCAUUUAUUCUCCUAUGAGAGAUGGCACGUCUGCGUCAUUUUCCUUCUCGUUCUAAAUGGUUUCUUGAUCACAUUGUUCUUGCAAUGUGCUGUGUACGAUUUGGAUGAAAUCUAUCGAGACUUUGGCGUACUGCCGACAGCAUUGGUCCCGCUUCCGCUUGUUUUGAAUGCUUUCUUUUUUCAGCGUCAUAUUUUCUAUGACUUUGUCAUUGUUAGCAGUAUGCUCCGCAUCGAUUCGCAUACACUUAGCGAUGUGGUGGAGAACUUUAGUGAGGUCGUGAGAUUACGGUCUGAGUUUGCAUCUUCAUUGCUUCAUCAGAUUGCGCAACAAGAACUAAGUAUAUCCGACUUGCAUGCAGAGCUCCAGCUACACGAUGCAGUUGGAUCCGGGUUUAUCGAGAUUGAUGAUCUCCGUUCCGUCCUCGCAAAAUUUGGCUUUUGCUUAACGCGUUUUCGCUUCAAUAGCGUCGUGAAGCUUUUAUUCGAUCUCGAAGGUACUAGCGUCUCUUAUCGGCAGGUCGUUCGUCUUGUGGCAAUGGCUGAGAAUGAAGAUGCUCCAGUCAGUGGAGGUCCGCCCCACCCAUUGCUCCGGCAAAGCGUAACGGGGUUCGACGGCGCACGCCAGCCAAGUACGCUGUCUCAGUCGAACUACAGCUUUUUCACUUCUUCACGUUCAUUGCCGAUGCUUACUGAGCGUGGUUUGGAAAUGGACCCUAUCUCGGUCGAGCCCAUGGAAGUGCCUACGAAUGUUUUUGUACUGCCGACUCGCACUCAGGGAGGCACAACCAGCAACGAUGCAGCAGCUCAACGGCCAGUGAUGGCACGCCCUAGUUACAGCUCUCAAGCGUUGCAUGGCAUGUUUAACCUCCGAAGACUGUCGGACUCGAGAGAGUGCUACCAACUUUGA